AUGACGGCCACACAAAUCCCCACGCACCCUCACCUCCAAACAUCAGACAAUGGCUCAACUCAGCUUAUUGUCAAGGGCAAGCCCUUUCUCAUGCUGCCCGGCGAGCUUCACAACUCGUCGCUGAGCUCUGCAAAGUUCAUGAGCGAGGUCUGGCCCAAGAUGAAGGCUGACCAUGUCAACACAUUACUCGGCUCAGUAACAUGGGAAAUGAUCGAGCCCAAAGAGGGCGAGUUCGACUUCAGUGAGCUUGACCGAGUGCUCGAGGGCGCCAGAAAACACGACAUGCACCUCGUUCUUCUCUGGUUCGGAACAUACAAGAACGGUCUUUCUACAUAUACUCCCACAUGGGUCAGGACAGACCCCAAGCGAUUCCCCAGAGUUCAGAUCAUGGAGGCCGGCGGUGUGAAGAGAACACUUGAGAUGAUUACUCCUCUAUGCGACGCCGCUUGCGAAGCUGAUUCAAAGGCCUUUGCCGCUCUCCUACGCCAUCUCAGGGAAGUUGACUCUCAACAUCAAACCGUUCUCAUGGUUCAGGUUCAGAACGAGACAGGAGUCUUGGGUGAUUCUCGCGAUAGAUCGCAGAGAGCCAACAAGGCCUUUGCUGAGCCCGUACCCAGCGACCUUGUUCAACACCUCAGCCAAGUCGAUACCCAUUCCAGAUUCAAGAAGCGCAUCCCCAGUGUCUCUUCAUCAGAGACUUACACGUGGGAGUCUCUCUUUGGACGUGGAACUGCUGCGGAUGAAGCAUUCAUGGCUUAUCUCAUUUCCUCUUAUGUCGGAAGAGUUGCUGCAGCUGGAAAGAAGGAGUAUGGUAUCCCGCUGUACACAAACACGUGGCUUAACAUUGAGAGCUCAGCAGAGCUGGACUUUUCUGGAGGUGCACCAGUCGUGGUUGGUGGUGGUGAUAGUCCUGGUGUCUACCCUUCUGGUGGUCCUUGCCCCCAUGUCUUGGAUAUCUGGCGAUACAACACACCAGCCCUGGACUUGCUCGCGCCAGACUUGUAUUUCCACGACUAUGAGACUGUAUGCCGCAAUUACACAGAGCAAGGAAACACAUUGUUCAUCCCAGAACAGCGUCGUGAUGAGUACGGAGCACGACGCGUGUAUUUGGCAUAUGCUACUUAUGGGGCUCUCGGUGCCAGUCCAUUCGGCAUCGACACAGGUUCCGACGUGAUCGGUCGCGAAUUCAAGCUACUCGACCAGACCAAGCAAUAUCUUCUCGACGCCGCGCCCGAAGACCGCUUCGGCUUCUUUUUCGACGACGAACCCAGCGAGAAGAAACCCGAAACGUGGACCCGAGUAUUUGGCGACAUCAAAGUUAUAGUGGAGCGGUGCUUCGUCUUUGGAAAGCCCGGUCCCGGCGGUGGUAUGAUUAUUCAUCUUGGUAACGCCAAGUUCCUUCUCGUCGGCCGGGGCUUCCAUGCGCGAUUCAAGGCAGCUCGUGAGGGAGCUACCUUUGGUGGUAUCCUCACAGGGGAGGAGAAGGAGGUUGAUGAGAAUGGAAACUUGCAGACUUUGAGGAUUCUUAACGGAGAUGAGACGAGGCAUGGGGAGUUUAUGAUGAUGCCGAAUGAUGAUCCUGAUUAUGGUGGUUUCCCGAUUGCGGUUACUCCUGGAGCGAGGACUUGCAUUGCUACUGUUCAGGCGUAUUGUAUCACUGAGGAUGAAGAGGAUAGGUAG